AUGUGAUGUGCUUUUUAGUUUUUUGUUAUCGCUUUGAAAAUAUUAGAAUUAGUUAUCAAUCGUAAUGAAUAAAGAUAGUUAGACAAGAAUUACGUUACCAUCGCGUUAUAUAGAUUUUAUCGAUCCUUUGUGAUCACUUGUAAAAGAGUUCUGCAAAAAUCUCCGUAGAGCUUCAUACCAUCAUAUUUUUACCUAUUUCAUACACAUUGAUAUAGGUAAUAUACAAUUAAGCUGUGCAGCAUGGCUCUAUCUGUACGUAUGUCAUGUGUUUAAUUACCGAAAGAACAACAUCGAUAAUUAUCUUUUAACUACGUAAAGUUUUUGGAUUGUUUCUAGUUAAAACUCGAUAUAUCGCAAUGGACGACUCCAGCAAAUUUCAGCAGAUGCAGGAUGAAAUGUCCAGGUUCGAAGCCGAAAUCUCUGGAUCGGGACCCAUUCGGCCGGUGAUUGGUGCGGCUACAUUUGGCAAUGUGCAGCAGCAGCUGGAGCGGUCGCUUCCACCGCCGCCUCCACCCCCACAGCUACUGGCCCAGUUUGAUCCCAACGUGAUGGGAGCGAGGAUGAUGUUCCCCAAUGUGCCUCCACCUCCUCCGCCACCGUCUAUGAUGGUGCCCGCUUCAGUGCAAAGGCUCCGACCACCAGGUGGAGACCCAUACCCUGGGCCGAUGCCGUUCCUUCGCCCUGGCAUGCCGGGACCGCAGCUGAUACCACCACCACCAGCGCCUCCGAAGCCACAACCAGUGGUGCUGUCUGCGGCACCCAAGUUGUAUAAACCACCUAAGGAGAAUGAAGAUAAAAAAGAAAAGGAAGGAAAGAAACGGAAACGCGAGCGUCCCCAAACUCCGCCUAAAAUAGAGGAGAAGCCUCCGGAGCCGACUCCACCACCGCAGCCGUUGCCCAUCGCUGUUACAGAGACGGUACUGCCCAAGACUAAGAAAGAGAAGAAACAUCGCAAGGUUGUUCGAACAGCAGGUGGUCAAGUAUGGGAGGAUGUAACUCUGCUGGACUGGCCCGACGAUGACUUCAGGAUGUUCUGUGGAGAUCUCGGCAAUGACGUCACUGAUGAAUUACUUGCACGAACAUUCGGCAAAUACACUUCGUUCCAACGUGCGAAGGUGAUUAGAGACAAACGGACGAACAAAAGCAAAGGAUUUGGCUUUGUCAGCUUCAAAGACCCUGGAGAUUUCAUCAAAGCCAUGAAGGAAAUGGAUGGACGUUACGUCGGCAGUCGACCCAUAAAGCUAAGAAAGAGUACGUGGAAGAAUAGAGCCUUGGAUGUAGUGAGAAAGAAAGAGAAGGAAAAAGCGGCUCUUCUCUCUCUUCUUAUGUCCGGCCAAAAGAGCUGACAAGAGUAGAAUAUACUUUGAGAAUUAUUGUAACAAUUAUAAAAUGAAAUAAAUUUUUUAAACAUG